UGGACGUGGACGCGGUCGCGUGAAUACAUUUUAAACUAAACCAAGCUAACGUUGUUCAUGUGUUGUUGCAUAAACAAAUUGUACAUUUGCUGGAAAAUCUUUUGUUGAGCGAUAAUGCAGUCAAUUGCCUAUAAAUGUUGAGUAGCAAUUGAACAAAAAGAUUAUUUGUAUUGCGAGCAAAGUAAUAAAGCAAUUGAAAGCAAUGAAGCACUUCAUUCUUGGAAAUAGGACGCCUACACAAUUGGCGUUAAUAUGCUUGCUUAUGGCCUGCUUGUGGCCAGCUUAUUAUGCCGCAAGCGAGUCCAUACCCACUAAAAAGUCCACUACGUUGCGCAUAACAAAACCACAGCCCAGCGGCAGCACGUUACCUGCAGCCACAACAACUGUGACAGCAGCAACCAGCACUGGUGAGCAGCAGCUGGCAGCGCUAAUUUCCUCCACAACCGAGCUGUCAACCAGCAGCAGCGAUGACAGCAGCAGCAGCAGCAGCAUUACAGCUGCUACAGCCAGCCUAGUGCCGGAUAUUUGCAUCACAGGACUGCAGCUAAGUGUUACCAAUGCAGAUGGUGAAACGGUGCUGCGCAGACAGGAGGAAAUUGUGCAGGAAAUCGAGGGUGAGGUAAUGCUCAGCGUGCUGACCAGUGAUCCAGCCUCGGCGCUAUUUGUUAUCAAUCGUGUCAAUCAGGCUAAUCUACCAUCCGCUGACUUUAAAGUUGGCAUACGUGCUAUAAAUGUGGACAACGCUAGUCUGGCGGAGAAUCUGUUAAUACAGGAGGUGCAAUACUUGCAGCAGUGCACGCAGUACGCCUUGGGCAUAUUUCUAGAUCACGAUUUGUACCUGCGACUCGACUCGAUUAUCAAAGAUCUGGAGUACAAUGUAUGGCCCAUAGCACCAACGCGUGGUCAGCUGUUUCCCAAGGUGGCACACUUGCUGCAUCAAAUGCCCUGGGGUGAGAAGAUUGCGUCGGUGGAAAUCGUCAGCGAGACGCUGGAUAUAUACAAUGAGUUUAUGGAUGCAGCGCGUCAGGAGCACAUGUGCCUAAUGCACUUUAAGAGCGACGACAAUGUGUACAUCAUCUUUGGCAACAAAAUGGCCAAUCACUUCAAGGAGAACGGCACGGUGUUUGCCGUGCCCACAGAGCGCACCGAGCGCGCGUUCCUAGAAGAGCUGCCAAACAAAUCGUUUGUAUUAAUGGAAAAUGAAAUUGAGCUGCGCACUGUAGAUUUGGAUACGCUGCCAACAACGCUAGAUGAACAGCUCAUAGGCAAGAGUGUGCUGCCCUCGCGUAUUCUCUCCUUUGCUGCACCCAUUGUGGAUCUGAUGGGCUGGCUGCGCGGCUCGCUGGCCAAGCACUGUAAUCACACUGAGGAGCUAUUUGUGCUGAACACUUGCUUUAACUUUCUGAACUUCAUAGAGGAUUGGCGCACCUCCGAGUACCGUCAUGCCCAUGAAAUUGGCGAGCUGUUGGCGCUGCUGCGCAUGCGUAAGCUGUCCAACGUGAUGACGUUUCAAAUGUUUCAAAAGAAGCUGGAAACGUUGGAUGUCAUUACAGGCGAGGCGCGCAUGGAGCUGCGUGAGAUUGCCUCGCAGAACUUUGUCACCAAUGUCACCACCUACUAUCACUACAAUCGCGACAAUCAUACCAGCCUGGAGCUGAAGACCAAGUUUGGGCUGGUGUUCAACUGUCAGUAUACGGCUGGCGAUAAUCGCCGGCAUCCGUUUUUGUUUGAUGGCGAAUCGGUUAUGUUCUGGCGCAUCAAAAUGGACACUUGGGUGGCAGCUGGGCUGACAGCAGCUAUACUUGGACUGAUUGCUACACUAGCAGUGUUGGUGUUUAUUGUCGUGCGCAUCUCGUUGGGCGAUGUGUUUGAGGGCAACCCGGUGACGUCCAUACUGCUGCUGCUCUCGCUCGUGCUCGUCUUUUGCUCCUUUGUGCCUUUCUCCAUGGAAUAUGUGGGCGAGCAGCGCAACUCCCAUGUAACCUUUGACGAUGUCAACACGUUGAACACGCUCUGCGCUGUGCGCGUGUUUAUUAUGACUUUGGUUUAUUGCUUUGUCUUCUCGCUGCUGCUCUGCCGCGCUUUGAUGCUGGCCUCCAUUGGCUCUGAGGGCGGCUUCCUAUCCCACGUCAAUGGCUAUAUUCAGGCUGUUAUAUGCGCGUUUAGCGUCUGCGUUCAACUGGGCAUGUCCAUUCAACUGCUGGUCGUCAUGCACAUGGCCUCCGAGAGCAUUUCCUGUGAGAACAUCUAUUAUGGCCGCUGGCUGUGGGGCUUGAUGGCCUAUGACUUUCUGCUGCUGUGCUGCUUGGUCGCUCUGGUGCCUUUUAUAUAUCGAUCUCAGCGAAAUUAUCGCGAGGGCAUUUUGAUAGUGAUUGGCGCUGUGCUGAUUUUGAUUAUCUGGACUGUUUGGAUUGUACUGUCGCUAUUCGGCGAUGAAUGGCGGGAUGCAGCAAUACCGCUGGGACUGCAGGCCAGCGGCUGGGCAGUGCUGGUGGGCAUACUCAUACCACGCACGUUUCUCAUAGUGCGCGGCAUUGAGCGCUCGGACAUUGCUCAAGCGUUGCCCUCGCUCACUUCUCUGGCUUUUGCCCAAAACAAUCAGUACUCCUCCGAACAGAGCGUUUAUGAAUGCGUUAAUCCCGCCAUGCGUCACUCGCAGGAGGAGAUGAACAAUCAUCAGUCGCCAAGUGAAAUACCUACGUUGCCAUUGCGCGGCGGCGGUCCACGUCGCCAGCAGUUCUUUGCCAAUCUGCGUCAGGCGAAUGCCAACAUAAAUCCUCAACGUCCACCGCCACGUCCCCAGCAGAGUCCUUCACGCUCCUCGAUCUGCUCCCUACCACCAUCACCCGAAAGCAGCAAAAUUACGCGAUUCUAAAUCGAAACCGCCUAGACUGGCGGCCAUUACUUCCGUCUCACUUCUAGUCAACGCUCCAAGAACGUGAAUUGCUGUAAUUUAUUUGUUAGCAAUCUGAAAAAUGUAUUUAUAUUUAAAAAUAAACUUAAAACGACCUGA